AUGGUGGAGAUAGCUACUGCAGACAUAUCCAAGCAGUUAACUAUCAUAGGCUCAGCAACGUGUGGAAAGACAAGUAUUCUUACCAGGCAUGUGAAAAGAACAUUCGGGACAGAGAUAAGCCCCACGGUGUUCAAUUCUGUCAGCAACACAUACAAGCAUAAAGAUUACGUAGUCGAGUUAAGACUUUGGGACACAGCUGGGCAAGAUGAAUAUGCCAGAUUCAGGCAUCUUGCAUUGCCUUCUGCAGACUACAUCAUGAUAGUGUAUGCUAUUGAUGACCGAUCCUCCUAUGCAGAGGUCAAGAACAGUCUUGUUGGACAAGUGAAGGAAAAGGCACCUCAAGCCAAAUACUUCCUUGUUGGAGCAAAAAUUGAUCUGAGGGAGGAUUGCAAGAGGCUUGAAGAGCUUGCCAGGAGUGGAGACUCUCCAAUAACUACCUCUGAAGGCCUAGAGCUUUCUCAAAGCAUUGGAGCGAUAGGGUAUUUUGAGUGCUCUGCAAAGAACAACAUUGGAAUUGACGAUAUCUUUGAGAAAAUUUCCAAGUAUGCUUUGAAGGCUCAUCUAAAGGAAAGUAGGUCCUUCAUAGGAGGAAUACUUGCUUCCCUGUGGGACUUUCUUUGCUGCCGGAAAAUAAAUUGA